GAAGCACAAACGCGUGAAGCAGUUCAACAUAUGCUUCCGAAAUCAGUGGAUGGAAAAUCGGAGACUUUUCGGCAAACAUUGAACGCCAAAUUAUUUCCCGUUUAGAUAGUUUUUUUUGUCGAACCUUAACAUAUAUAAAAACAUUCAGAACACGAAAUUAGACAAAAUUGGGUUCAGAAGAAGUCGCCAGUGGAAACUCAUCCUCGUCUUGUAACUCCUUGUAACCAAGAAUACCCCAAUGUUAUUUUAAUACAAACGACAGUCAUAAAUUUUAAUUUAAAUAGUUUCGUUUUCAACUGAAACAAAAACGAUUUAGAAGAGUUCCUUUUCUUAACCUUUUCGAUGACUGACUACAAGACUUUCAAGAACCCUGACCAAUCCCUACCUGGCGGCGGUGCUCUACGGAAGGCACGCACCAGCAGCGGCGGCUGGAAGUUCUCUCUGUCAUGGCUCAACCUCACCUACAAAGUGAAGGCAAAGGGGGGCUACAAGACCCUUCUGGACGGGCUAAAUGGCCACGUGGAACCAGGGGGCAUGUUGGCCAUUAUGGGCCCCUCGGGGUGUGGGAAGACGACUCUGAUGAACUUGUUAGCCGACCGAGUGUCCUCAGGGGUGAUUGAAGGAGAGAUUUUAGUCGAUGGGUCGCCCAGAACUAAGGACUUCCGCUUCAAAGCCUCGUACGUGGCCCAGGAAAACGCACUGAUGGACGUGUUCACAGUGCGAGAAACAAUCGAGUUCACAGCAGACUUGGCGCUUCCUAGUUCGGUUCCGAAGAGUGAGAAACGAGAGCGAGUGGACGAGAUCAUAGACAUCAUGGGGCUUCGGUCGUGUGAAGACACCCGAGUGGGGGGCAUGUUGUUCAAGGGCAUUUCUGGGGGACAGGCGAAGCGGUUGAGCAUGGCGCUGUCCUUGAUUACGGACCCCUGCAUUAUUAUGCUGGAUGAGCCUACUAGUGGACUGGAUAGCUCGGCUACUAUCAACGUCAUGCAAGCUAUCAAGGAUCUGGCUAGCCAACACAAGACAGUUAUCUACAGCAUACACCAGCCCUCCUCUGAAGUGUUCGCCAUGUUCGACUCCCUUCUGCUUCUCACAGCCGGAAAGACCAUCUACUACGGCAAGGCCUCCGAGUCCAUCGACUUCUUCACCCAGCAAGGCUUCCAGUGUCCGGCCUACUCCAACCCCGCAGACUACUUCCUCACAAUCGUCAACACCGACUUCGACGGCCACGGAGACAUAAAUGCACUGGCUGAAGCGUACGAGUUGAGCUCCAAGAACGAUGACGUCAAACGACUCGUCCAGAAAGCGAAGGAAAACCAGAGCGGCAACCCUACUAAGGGGUUCAUUAAGUACAAAGCAAACUGGUUCGCCCAGUGUUACUACCUGGCGAAACGCCUAACAAUCAAUUCACUGCUAAAUCCAGCAAUUAUCUGGGUCCGGGUUAUUAUGUACUUUCUGGUUUCGGUCACGAUUGGAGGUCUGUUUUUCGACUUUGACGAAGACGCGCCAACUGCCGAUGACUCAAUUGCAGCAUUACUCUUCUUUGUUCAGACUUUCUUUAUUUUUCUGUCCUUCGGCGCUCUGCCCUAUUUCAUCACCCAACGACCUGUAUUUGUGCGCGAAAGGUCAAACGGGUUGAUAGACGUUCUCCCCUUUGUGAUCGGAAACUUCAUUAGCGUCAUUCCUCCAAUAGGGGUGUUCGCGGUUGAAGCUACAGGUAUAACGUAUCUAAUGGUGGGGCUUAACGGGUACAAAUGGUACUUGUGCAUCAUCUUUCUGGAUCUAAUAAUCGCCGAGUCAGUUAUAAACAUAGUGAGUGCUAUUACAACUGAUUACGUAGUGGCCAUUGUAGUAUGUGCCAACUACAAUGGGUUGAUGUCGCUGUCUCAGGGCUUCCUGGUUCCCUACAGUGAAAUGCCCCUCUUCUUCCAGAUAUUCAACAAGAUCGGAUACACCAAGUAUGGUUACGAGAGUCUCAUGUUCAACCACUUCAGCCGAGAGCCGAAUGGAACCCAAGUGCUCAUUGGCUACGAGAUGGACGAUGUCGUGCUCGAGGAUUACGCCCUCCUUUUCCUCGCAUUUAUUUUCGCCCAUCAGUUCAUAUUCUUCGUCCUUAUUUUCUUCUUCCACACUGGAAAACAGUGAUUAUUUAUGGUCAGUUUCAACCACCCUGGUAUUGGCAGUUUAGACCCAUAAGAUAUAAAUACAAAAAUAUCAUCAUGCGUUAUUGGAAAUAGUAAAAUUAGGUGGCGGAGAAUAUAUUUUGGAAAAAAUUGAAUCGAUUGGCUGCGAAUUUAAUAACAAAAACAAAUACCUGAUGGAACAAUAGGUUGUUGCUGAGGAGGAAACAAAGAGUGUUCACAUCACAAUUCAGUUUGCAAAAUAAAAAAAAUGGAAUAACUCAAUUUUUGUCGACUUUGAUACGCUUAUGGGAUAGAAUAAAAACUAGCUGCGAAGAAACUACUAUGCUGAUUUAGACU